AUGGCGAAACCAGUGGCUAUUGAAGUGUACAAUCCUAAUGGAAAGUACAGAGUGGUCAGCACCAAACCGAUGCCUGGCACUCGCUGGAUCAACCUCUUGACCGACCAAGGUUGUCGUGUUGAGAUAUGCCAUUUGAAGAAGACAAUCUUGUCUGUAGAAGACAUCAUUGAUCUGAUAGGAAACAGGUGUGAUGGAGUCAUCGGUCAGUUGACGGAAGAUUGGGGAGAGACUCUGUUCUCUGCUCUGAGCAAAGCAGGAGGGAAAGCUUUCAGUAACAUGGCUGUUGGUUACAACAACGUUGAUGUUGAAGCAGCCAAUAAGUAUGGUAUCGCCGUUGGUAACACUCCUGGAGUGUUGACUGAGACUACUGCUGAACUAGCAGCUUCUCUUUCUCUUGCUGCUGCGAGAAGGAUCGUUGAAGCUGAUGGUUUCAUGAGAGGUGGCUUGUACGAAGGAUGGCUUCCUCAUCUGUUUGUGGGGAACUUGCUUAAAGGACAGACAGUGGGAGUUAUUGGAGCUGGACGUAUUGGAUCUGCGUAUGCUAGAAUGAUGGUUGAAGGGUUCAAGAUGAAUUUGAUCUACUUUGAUCUUUACCAAUCCACUCGUCUAGAGAAAUUUGUGACAGCUUAUGGACAAUUCUUGAAAGCAAAUGGGGAACAACCUGUGACAUGGAAACGAGCUUCUUCCAUGGAAGAGGUGCUGAGAGACGCUGAUCUGAUAAGUCUUCACCCUGUGUUGGACAAAACCACUUACCAUCUUGUCAACAAGGAGAGACUUGCCAUGAUGAAAAAGGAAGCAAUCCUUGUGAACUGCAGCAGAGGUCCUGUGAUCGAUGAGGAAGCUCUGGUCAAUCAUCUAAGGGAGAACCCAAUGUUCAGAGUUGGUCUUGAUGUGUUUGAGGAAGAGCCUUUCAUGAAACCAGGGCUUGCUGAUAUGAAGAAUGCCAUUGUUGUUCCUCACAUUGCUUCUGCUUCCAAGUGGACUCGUGAAGGAAUGGCUACCCUUGCAGCUCUCAACGUCGUCGGAAGGAUCAAAGGAUAUCCUAUUUGGAGUGACCCGAACCGGGUCGACCCGUUCUUGAACGAAAAUGCUUCACCACCUAAUGCUAGCCCAAGCAUUGUCAACUCAAAAGCCUUAGGAUUGCCUGUUUCGAAGCUGUGA